AUGUAUAUUCUCUUUGUUCUCAAACGGUGGUUGGGUGCUGAGCUUUUUCUGUUUUGUCGAUUGACCAUGGAGCAUGUAGCUUUACUUGUCAUCCAAUUCGGCUUGGGAAUUUCAAAACUGCCGUCUGACAUACGGGACUCUUGUAAAAUUCGAUUGUUUCCUCAAAAGCUUAUGUAUGAAGAGACACCGGAAGUAAUUGACCACAAUGUAAAUGGGAUCGGCCUAGCGCUGAUAUGCUUCUUACGAUACCUUGCCAGUCAGCAGUUUUCCAUGUCAUCAUCGCUCGAUUUAAGUCUGAAUGAUGGGCGCCCAAUUCCUUACCCCAUUCUGAUGCGUCAGUCUGUGUGGGAGCCAUUACAUCAGUUGGCAUUCCGAACGUAUCAUCACAUUGCCGUGACCGGUCGCUUUGACUCUAUAUACAUUGGUGAAAUAAUACAAGAUCUGAGCGAGACAGUCUUCUUCGACAGGGUUUAUGGCGAAAGUCCAUUGUCUGCUCAUAGGAUUCUCGACUUGCUCAGGGAGUGGACAGGAGUUUCUCAAAUUCUGACUCGCAACAUGUAUCAGAACCGUCGCAAUGAUGUAAUACUUAUUACGAGUGUUGGCACUGCAACUGCGCGUCAACGUCUGGCUCGCCUUUUGCUGCUUCCCAUCGACCAGCUGCGACGUGCCAUUCGUGACGAGAUUAUGCCGUAUUCUGUACGUGAUGAAACGCUUUGA